ACUUAUUGGAGAAGAAUUCAGAAAUUGAGAGAACUAGGUUUUUUUUUUUUAUUUAUUUAAAUCUAACCGAGGGUGUGUUUGUUUUUUAUGCAUCCAAACCUUAACCUAAGCAAGCAGUUGUCUCCUCACUCCAAUUUCCCCACGGAAGUGCUCCACCACAACCGCAUCAUGCUUAUGGAUCCAGAAACCGCUUCCUAUCCUCCGCGCUAACGGCCGUGUAAUUCCCUUUAAUUUUUCUUUGAGUUCGAAGCGGACUAUUCUCUGACAUCGUCCUAGACCCAUCGCCCCUGUAGCUCCUAGCAGUUCUGUCCAAUCGGACAGGCAACCCGGUGAUUAGCGAAAGAUUUGGAUCUCCGAUUGCUCCCCUCUGGUUUAGCGUUAGGUCUGGUAUGGAAUCUAUAUUUUUUGUUGAUUAUUUGAUGGACCUCAAAUAAGCUUUUUGAAUUGGAAAAGAGGUGGUUAAGUUAUUAGGAGAAAAGAUGCAGAAAAAGCUGGUUAAUUUAUAUCCAAACUUGUUGACCUUAAUCGUGGAGAAACUGUGGCAUGAACGGAGGAAGACGGUACGCUGUCCAGGCAAUAGUUGAUGUUUUCUGGUAGCAAAAGUUGAUUGAUUUAUUUUGUAUUUUAUAAAGUUAUUCUUCUUCUUCUGCUGCUGCUGCUGUUGUCUUUAUUUAUUGACCUAGAGUUCGUAUUGUCGUUCAAAGGAAAAAAAAAAAAUGGUGGAGUUCGUGUUUGAAUAAAUAGAUUAAAGGAAGAAUAGAAGAAUAAAUGAAGGGUUCAAUGAAGUGGAGGAGGAAUGGGGAUGAGCACCAAGCGGUUGGGCGUCUCCCUCUCGACAAAUGCAAUAGCUACAGUUAUGUGGAUGGUUAUAGGGUUAUGGGGCUGUUAUUUGAGGAGUUGAUUGUCGAGAUCCUUUGUCGAUUGCCUCAAAAGGCUCUCAUCCAAUUUAAGUGUGUUUCCAAGCACUGGUACUGUCUGAUAUCCGAGGUCUGUGUUCCUAGAAUCUCUCCGCUGCCCCUAUCUGGCAUCAGCAGAGUUGUAAGGAUCUCUGAGGGGCUUAUUCGCGGUGAAUAUUACCCGAUGCCAAACGAUACCCCUCUGGACCAGGAAUUCACCAGAAGAAAUGAUGAUAUCUGGGACUGGGAUUAUCGGCAUACACCUCCCGUUGAUGCUUUAAGGCCUGACUCACGUGAGCUGCUUGACAUUUGCAACGGUCUUAGUCUUUUUUUCCAUCCAUCUAACAAUCUUUACUGCAUCUGGAACUUCACCACUGAUCAAUUCGUGUAUUUUCCUCCUCCUCCCCCUCCUGUUGCUGCUGCUUGUGCUUCAUUCGGCUUUCAGCAUGCCAAGAAACAAGAGAAAAAUCAAAAUCGUACCACUGCCAUCUUUUCUGCUUUAGCUUUUGACCCCAAGCAAUCUCUUCACUUCAAAGUUGUUCGCUUUGGUCGGCCUCGCUCUACCCUAAACCCAGGUGUAAGGCCUCUCAGCAUAUUCUCUUCCGAGACCCGUGAGUGGGUUGAAUACACUGUGGAUGUUGGGCCUCCUCCUAUUGACACAGCUCGUUUGGCCCGCCGUUGUGUGUACCUGAACCAGGCCUUAUACAGGCUAUCAAUGUCGCUCCACCUUCUACGCUAUGACCUUGACAUAAAAUUGAAUGUCACUGCCAUCAAGCUCCCAGAUGUUGGUUCAUUGACUCCGCCCCAUACCUUUGAUAACAUAGGUUGCAUUGGUUCUUCCUUGGGACGGCGCCUUUAUUAUGCAAGGCCUGACGCAACCAAAGUGCUCAUCUGGAUUCUUUGUGAUGCUUCUGACUGGGUUUUGAUGCAUUCUAUUAGAACCCAGGACCUGAUUAAUUAUGAGCUAGGCAUUGAAGGUUUACCUAGAGACAGAAAAGAGACCUUUCGUGAGAUACAUGGAAACUGGGGAAGGUUAAAACUUAAAAGAUUAUUUGAUAGCCUCCCGCAUCUCCAACCUGUCGCUUUUGAUUCGACUUCUGAUGCUGUUAUCCUUUGGGCUCUUGGUAUAUUUCUCUGGUAUCAUCUUGACAGUGGUAAGUUGGAAAUGAUCUACUAUAUGCCUAGUUGCUUUCAGUAUGAUACGGCUGUGCUCAAUGUGUUUCCUUUCUCACGAUGCUUGGUCCCAUUGAAGGACCUUGGAUGGAAUCAUCACGUACAUGACACCAGAACAGAUGAAACCUGCUUUGUUGUACACCCUAUACUUGUGUUGCCUUGGUGUUGUAACCAGGAAACAUGGCAAGUGCUCUCCAGCAAUGCUAUAGCGCAAGUUUUAGUCGCGGAAUCAGAGCCUUGUGCGUGGACUGAGUUCAACAGUUUCCCCUACUCCCUUAUUGCCUGGCACAAUGGGAUGUUUAGUUUUUUGUUUUUCUUCGGGCCUUGGUAACUCAGUAAGAAACUUCAUAUAGUAAGCCACCAGUGGGGCUGUGAUGGGAACCCUAGUGCCCAAUGGAUAAAUUUCAUUUGCCAUUGGGUUUAUUUUCAUGAACUUUGCAUGUAAUGAGAAUCAUGGAACAUGGCUAAAUGCUUGCACAGAACGAGAAAUUGACCCAGACUAGACAACAGUAUCCCAAGGGCGAAAUGCUUGUGUUUGGGUUGGUUGGGAAUGGGACAAGGCAGAGGUUGUGAAGGUAACCAUGUCUUUAUCUUGUUUUAUUGCAGGAAUUUUGUAUAGAAAUUUAUGAUGCAUUUGCUUCUGAUAAACAACCCCUUAGUUCGGCUUUAUUCCCAUUUUGAAUCUUUGAUUUUGUUUUAUAGCUUAGCUUUCCAUUCUUAUGUAUUUCUCUUGUAAAUGGUACAUGUAAAACCAUUGAUCGGAUGAAAAUGAAUUUGACAAAUUCUCUAAAUCUUUCAGCUGCAUCUAUAGGAAAGGGCAUGAUUCAAGUUGUGUAACUCAAGAACCUUUCUCCAAGUGAAACCAGUGGGCAGGGUUCUGGUUGUCCAGUUACCUAGAAGAAAUAUCUUGAUCCAGACCAUCGGGAAGUGCUCAGUAGUUGACUAGUUGUACCUCAAGGCGUCAUUGCUGGCUUGUUUGCAUUUUGAAGCUUUACCCAAGCAUAGGAUACAUUCCAUAUAUUUUUGUUGAAAACAGCCUUCGGAAUUGGAAACAUGUUCAGUUUUUUGCUAUUGGCACGGAUAUGAGGAGUUGAGAGAAUUCAUGUAUCUUCCCUCACCGAAUCUUUUCUACUGUGAAAUUCCGUUUGACCAAAAAAAAAAAAGAAUCUUUUCUACUGUA